CAAGUGGUAGGAUUUGGAAACAACCACUCACUCCACCUCACAUAAUUUUUUCGCUUUUUCCCAAGCAACUUGCACAUCCACCUCUUCUUUAUUUUAUUUUUUUUCUUUGAAAAAAUAAAAAAUAGAUAUUCAUCUCCUUGGAUUUUGGUCAUCCCCAUUAAAUUAAAUUUCUCACAACUUGAUAGAUAGAGGUUGAUCAUCCAUCUCACACAAAAUGGGACCAAAUAAGAGCAAAUGAAUAAUAACGAGAAGAAUAAUCCUUCUUCGCAAGGAAGCCUCAUGCGGUAUGGCUCCGCCCCGACCUCAGUCCUCGACGCCGCACUCGACAUCGACUCCUUCAUCGCCCCUUUGCAACGCUCCUCCAAUAACUACACUUCCUCAUCUUCUUCUCAAUUAAUCCGCCACAGCAGUUCGCCCGCCGGAUUUUUCAACGAUUACUUGCCGCCUUCCGACGCCGAAGCAGGAUUUUCAAUAACAAGAGGGAUAGGAAACAACUACAAUUCCAAAGGGAUUGCUGAAGACGACAAGCAAGGAGUGUCGAGGAUGAACUCUCGACUCAGCUUCUCUCACUCAAAAGAAUCACUUUCUCGAAUAUCCGAAGAGAUUGAGAACAAUGCAGAUAGCGACACUCACGAUAAUAACACCAAAGCAAGAUCUUCGCGUUCUAACAAUACGAGCACUUGUUUUACAAUGGGACUAUGGGAAAAUGACAAUAACCACCCUCUAACCUUUUCUGUUUCUCCAACUAAACAACCUAAAAACUCCAAUACUAUGGAUAAUAUGGAGUCUCAGUUUCAGUUUGGGAUGUCACAAGGAGCAUUGGAGUUUAUGCCAAUGGAUAAGUUUAUGAACAAUAUUCCUCAAGAUUCUGUUCCGUGCAAAAUUCGAGCAAAGCGCGGUUGUGCUACACAUCCACGUAGCAUUGCCGAGAGGGAGAGAAGAACACGAAUUAGUGGAAAGUUGAAGAAGCUGCAGGAUCUUGUUCCCAAUAUGGAUAAGCAAACUAGCUAUGCCGACAUGCUGGAUUUGGCAGUCCAACACAUAAAAAGCCUUCAAAAUCAGGUUCAGCAACUCAACGAUGAGCUGGAUGGUUGCACGUGUGGAUGCAAGAAGACUACAACUUUCUAGACCCCCAAAAAAAAAAAUAAAAAAAUAAAAAAUAAAAAAUAAAAAAAAAUAAAACACAUAUAUUGGUAGAUGUAGGGCUUACAAUUUACUGAAAAAUUGUCCGGCGCAAUGCCAAAAGAGAGCAUUAGCCCACACUUGAA